GAUGUGAUUUUCAUCUUUCUCCCCACUGCUCUACACUAUUCUUCUUUCCCAUAGUCUCUCUCUCUCUUGCUCUCUAAGCCCCAAUAUUUUUUCCCCAUAUCUUGCUAAAAAUAUCAAAGAAUUUCUUUGAGAGAGAAAAAAAUUGAUCAUGUCAGGUGACAGGCCUAAAGAUUCUGCCGAAGGAUCCUCGCGAUCCGGCGGAGAUCAUCAGCAGCAGCUUCCUCAACCGGCUCCGUUGAGCAGGUACGAGUCACAGAAAAGGCGAGAUUGGAACACUUUUGGGCAGUACUUGAAGAACCAGAGACCUCCAGUUUCACUGUCGCAGUGUAACUGCAACCAUGUUCUGGAAUUCCUAAGGUAUCUUGAUCAGUUUGGGAAGACUAAGGUUCAUCUACAUGGGUGUAUGUUUUUUGGACAACCAGACCCUCCUGCUCCUUGCACUUGCCCUCUAAGGCAAGCUUGGGGGAGUCUUGAUGCUCUAAUCGGAAGGCUGCGAGCUGCUUAUGAGGAGCAUGGAGGAUCAUCAGAGACAAAUCCUUUUGGAAAUGGGGCUAUUCGGGUUUAUUUGCGCGAAGUGAGGGAGUGUCAGGCUAAGGCAAGAGGGAUUCCAUACAAGAAGAAAAAGAAGAAGAAGAAUCAAAUCAAGCCAAGAGAAGAUGCAAAGUCCUCGAUGCAGCCAGCUUAAUCAACUCCUUCGGCUUCUGCAGACGAAUGGGGUUACAGAAUAGUUCAGUUUGGAUGAGCAGGUUAUAUAAAUGGGAAAUGAUUCAAGUUUGUGGUGUCGUCUUCUCUAUUCUCUAAGUGGGUAUUAGGUUCGUCCACAGCAGAUAUGAUAAUAUAUAUACAUAUAUAUAAAUGAAAGAGCAGUGUUAGCUACUUCUGAAAUAAUGUUGUGGUACGUGGUCUAAAAAUGGACUUGUAGAAGAUAGGAAUUUAAUUACCAAGCACUUUGUAAUGCCCUUAUAUCACUAGACAUGUUGUUAGAAUCCUAAAAAAGCUAGCAUGCAAUAUCUCUUCUUUGCCGCAGACACAGUAAUGUUUUCACAUAUACUGUGAAAAAUAGAUUAAUUAAGCCUUCAACUUUCAUGUUAUAAUUAGAUGAGUUGUAAUUAUUAGUUAUUACCCUUUAA